UUUUUUUUUUGGCAUAUCGAAGAAACAGUUCGGUGUAUAGCCAGGGCGUUACGAAACUAGAGAGCGCCGGAGCAAAGGUCUCCACUGUGCCAGGUACAGCACACCAGAAGCUGCCCUUGAAUACCAUAUUUGUGGCAGAGACAGCGACGCGUCGGAUACAAAAGUGGAUGCUGUGUUUAAUAUGGCCAGCAAAUUCGCUCUGGAUGUCGUUGUGUCGCAUCUUCAUGACGCGCUAAGUCAAGUGGGGGAUAGUAUUCUAAUCUCGCGGGAAGUCCUUUCUACAAUCCUUGAUGCAGUGACUCAGUCUGCAAAUACAGAGAGAGCUCUAUCACAAGUGGAAGCAGGCUACUUGUCUGUAAGAUGUAGGUUGGAAGCUUAUAAGAGGGCUGACGACCUUGUCGCCAAGGAGUUGUGUCAAGCGAGGAAAGAAGUAACAGCGUUCGCUAGGAACAAGCUCUCAGAUCCCCUGGUGCAAAGUAGGAAAGUUCCAGCUGGUAUCCCGAAUGACACCCAAAUAAGCAUGUGUGGCGGCUCGAGUGAAUCUGGGAAGGACAGUACAUCAAAGGAGUGCCCCGUGGCGGAAUGGAUUGACGAUACAAGCAACAAUUCUUGCAAAAUCGAUAAGGACUUAGCGGAACUACCUCGGAGUUUGGAUCUAUACGAGCCAUUCCGUAGCGGAACGGAGGGUGAAGAGAUACCAGAACAGCAGGUAGACGCCGAAACUAUCGAUGCAUCCAAAAGAGACCCUAUAACCGAAGCUUAUUACUUUACUGAGUUACCAGAUCCUGCGCCACCGCAUAGUUUUGAAAGGCAUAUCGGGAUCCGCACGUUUGACGAGAUAAUCAAGCUCAAAACUAGCAUUCGCUACAUGAUUUCGACUGUGGAGAAACGAUUGGAACAUUGUGUAUCUGCCAGGAAAACUGUCGAGGAAGCCUACCAUAGCAAGUCGGAACUUCUUGCUACCAUGAGCCAUGAGAUUCGCACACCCAUUCAUGGUAUCAUUGGUAUGGCUCAGUUAGGACUCGAAGCGGGUUGUCUUCCGGCAACUGCUCAUGACGCUUUUAACCUGGUUCAUAGCUUGGGCAAAAGUCUUUUGGCAAAUAUUAACAACGUUCUUGACUUAUCACGAAUAGAAGCCAGUCGUAUGGUUAUCGAAAGUAUCCCAUUCAAUCUUGGCUCAACAGUCCUGAACACACUAAAGCCUCUUGCAGUUGAGGCGAGCAAGAAGAAGACUGACCUUACCUAUGAAGUUGGUAGCUCUGUGCCCCAACACGCCGUUGGGGACCCAAACCGACUUUGCCAGGUUCUCUUCAACCUGGUCGGAAACGCAGUCAAAUUCACCAAGAAUGGGAGAAUUGAACUUUCCGUAAAGACUGCCCAGGAGCAGGCAUGUGCCGAAAACGAAUGCGUCCUGGAGUUCUCUGUUGCAGAUACUGGGGUCGGUAUUCAACCAAAUAAGCUGGAACUCAUUUUCGACAGAUUUCAACAGGCAGAUGAUUCCGUGGUUAAACACUUUGGCGGGUCAGGCCUUGGCUUGGCUAUAUCCAGAAAGCUCGUUAGUUUGAUGGGUGGUGAUAUCUGGGUUCAGUCAACUGUAGGCAUGGGCAGCAUUUUUUCCUUUACCUGGCCGUUGAAGCUUGAAAGUCCGUGUGCUGCCACGGCUGAACGCAUGAUAUCUCACAGAGAUUGUGUUGUUUUCUACAUCACAUCAAAUGGUCAAGAGAGCGACCCUAUAUGCGAGAUCAUAACCGAGCAUGGUAUCCAAGUGCGUGUAUUAAACCAGCAUGAUGUCCAAAUCCAGGAGCUACGGGACCAAAAUCAUCUUCCAGAUGUCCUUAUAGUGGAACAUCUUGAAAUGGCCUGCGCUCUACGGACUCAUGGACACUUCGGCUCGACACCCCUUGUCUUGUUCAAUCCCACACCGUCGGAUUCCUUCAAGAUCUCCAUAAAGUUAGCCUUUGACCUGGGUAUUGUAUCAUACAUUACUUCCCCUUGUUCUUCCGAAAGUGUUCUGAGCUCCCUACUUAGCGCUCUGCAGGAUCGUCCAAAACACCCCAAACCUAACCAAACCACGCCUUUGUCGGUCCUCAUAGCAGAAGACAACGAUAUCUGCCGACUGGUGGCAGCCAAAGCACUUGAAAAGUGCACCAGUGAUAUUACCGUCGUUACAAACGGUCUUCAAGCGCUCCAAGCAUAUCAAAGCCGACCGUUCGACGUGAUCGUUAUGGAUAUCCAAAUGCCGGUAAUGGACGGACUUGAGGCAGUGUCCAAGAUCCGCAAUUACGAGCGAACCCACAAAACAAAGCGGACCUCAAUAAUCGCGAUCACAGCUGAUAUCGUAAAUGACGAUCGUCUCGGAGCAGAAAUGGACGAGUAUGUAUCGAAACCACUGAACCCAAACCAGCUACGGGAUGUGGUCUUGACGUGCCACUCGGAAGGAGCCCCAAUCGCAAACGACCGGCGAGAACAUGGACAGAAGCUCCGCAUGUGAAAUCUAGAGAUAAGGGCUACUUGUCUUAGGAAGGCAAAUAAUUGAUCGCCCCGCACACAUCCCUUACAGCUAACCCAUCAGGUGCCUUGCCGAUCUUUCAUGGAUAGCGGGAUAGCCAUUGGGUCAACAAUCGGACUCCUACGAAGACACUCCCACCGGAAAUCCUUCUUUUUAAAUAGAAUUCAUAGUGCUACUACCCCGUGCUUGAUAAAUCCAGGGCUGAACUGUACCGGUGUCUUAUGACGCGCAUCCUCAACGUGCUAUAGAAUUUCUAGCGUUUCGGUUGUAUAUUCCGGGCAUUUUAGGGUUUGCGGCGUACAUACAUAGGAACAAACCCCUGAGAAACAUAGUUUCCAAAUCAUCUCACAUAUGUAGAUAGCAUCUCUUUAAGGUAAGUCCAAUGAGACUUGUCUUAAGGCACGAGUUUAGCUCGAUUAGUUAAGAGACACCCGAGCAAGAUGCAG